AAAAAAAAAAAACGAAACAAACAGACGGGCAAGAUCGAUAACAGAAAAGAAAAACGUAGCUUCUGGUGUAAACAGCGAUAAAAACUGUUUACCUCCUGUCCUUAUCGAAAUCCAAUACACAGCAAGCAUGGCCUUCUAUCGGCGAUUGAUCGAUUAUGGUCUGUCGAUAAUGAAACGACAUUCAUCAUUGCCAAUAAUACUUGCCAUUGUCAUCCACAACACAACGGCAGACCUGGCCAUGCUUGCCAUUCCCUCUAAGGAACAUUCUUUCUUGGUAGAACUUCCCUGCCAUGGUUGGGCCCAAUCCUGCUUGGUAUUAAAUGGAUCAUCAAUCCUCGCCAUAAGGAAAAAUCCAGUAGUAAUAGUACUAUUCAUUUUUUUUUUGCAUGAAUAAAUAAUCUCAUUCAAUUUUAUUUUA